AUGUCUCGGCGCCCACAGACAUGUGUCGAUUGCGCGAAAAGGAAGAUACGAUGCAAUAAGGUCAUUCCUUGUGAUGUUUGUGAGAAGAGGGGCACUGCUCACACAUGUCGGCGAGCUGAUGUGACCGAUACAAUCAACAAACGUACCCGGAAGUCUACUUCACCUGGUUUCUCAUCUAGUCCCGCACCAAGAGGGUCAACUGUGGAGCCUACUAUUAACGAGAGGCUCGUAAGCUUGGUCACCGCACUCUCUGGCAGAGUCCAGAGGCUUGAAGCGAAGAUCGAUGGAACUCAAGCAACUCAAGCAACCCAAGCAUGGGGGCCAUCUGAUUCGGAACAAUUAAUUGCUCUGAUGGACCAGCAUGUAGCCAAACGAGCAAGACUCCAUCUUGCAGAGACCAUUCAGACACCAUCUGCCUUGCAUGAGAAUGUUCGAGCCGAAGAGGAUGAUUCAGGCUCCGGACAGAAUGCUUCGGAUGCCGAAGUAGAAGAUGCUGCCACAGUCCUCGAGUUUCUUGCCUGGGGACGCUUGAAAGACAGCAAUUUGACUAGUGGUAUUCGCGAACCUCCAAACAUCCACGAAUCAUCAGCAAUACGCACUGAUGCGGAUGUCAUUCAAGGAGUUCAAGCAUGGGGAACCUCUCCGUCUUCAAUCCCUGGAGGGAGCGUGGCUAUGGAAAACCUGCACAUUUCGCAGAUCCAAGAGCUUCUCCCUACUAAGAUGCAAGUAUUUUUACUUUUCGAAUACCAUACGGAUUGGCUCCUGUUCAUGCAUUGCGUUUUCCACGUUCCGACUUUGAGGAAAGAGCUCGAUCAAUUCUACGAUGAUGACCAGGGAGUCAUCAAUAUGACAAGUUCUGGGCUUCAAUGGACGGCACUGCUCUUCGCGAUUAUGUGUGGUAGUAUGGCUUGUGUCAAGCCGCACUUCGUGAGAAACUGGGGCUUCCAUGAAGAGGAGCAAAGUGCCUUAGCAAGACGUUGGUACCAAGCCUCGAUCGAAUGUCUCAAUGCUGCUCGAUACCAGCAGUAUCACAACAUGUAUAGCGUCCAAACAAUUGCCAGUUCUACGAUAUCCGCCCAUGUUCUUGGCUUUUCAAACUCACAGUCUGUUCUUCUUGCAUCUGCAGAGGCAAGCAGCACAGAACGAACGACUUCAGAUAUAGUAUAUAAAGAGCUAGGUCGAAGACUCUGGCAGCAACUGGCUGCCCAAGACUGGUUCUCCGUGCCCUUCUCGGAGACUUAUAUCAUCAAUCCUCUACAGUUCUCCACCAGACCACCCAAACAUUGCGAUGAGGAGACUAUGCAAAGUCUACCCACGUCCCAGCCAUCUAUGACAACCUAUGGAAACUUUUUGUUCCGCGUUGCUUCACUCAUGCCAGCUUUACAAGACCGUUCCUCUCAAGCUAACACACUUGAAGCAAAGUACGAGCAAGUCUUGAUCUUCGACAAAAUGAUGAGGGAACUUGUGAUGACACAGCUGCCAGCUUGUCUGAACAGUCAGACUCAAAUAGAUCCUCUAUGGCCUUCAUGGGUUGGCGUUGCCCGUCGAUGUCUUACCAUUACGUCGGCGCACAAAAUCAUCAUGAUUCAUCGCAGGUUCUUGGGCAUGAGCUUUCGUGAUCAUCGAUAUUCCUUCACUCGCCGGACAUGUCUAGCUGCAGCUAAGACGAUAAUGAACGAGAUGAAGCAGGACGUUCAGGAUGAAAGUCCUAUUUUGUGGACUACACAGGCCUUUUCAGUCGCAGCAGGCAUCAUCCUAUGCUUGGACAAUUUCAAUCGUCACCAGUCGGCGCGUGAGUACGAAGAACACCGACGGCUUGUUAAUGAUGCUAUUGCUAUUCUCUCUCAGAGUGUGUCCAUCAGCUCCAUUGCUGCCCGAGGAACUCGCUUAUUGUCUGACUUGCUAGCCGAGCAAGAAAAGCACACGCAAAGCUCCAACAAUGCCUCAUCACACGCCGAGCGCAUCGAGCAGCAGUCUACUGUUGACAAGGCUGCUAAAAGUUCUAAGAAGAGCCUGAAUGUCGCUGCUUUCGUCAAAAAGUUCUGUGAAAGUGAUGCUCCUACCUCUAGCGGUUCACCCAUUGCGACAUCCCACAUGCCUCUGUGGCUUCAACAGGACAGUUCGAGUCAAUCUUAUCCACAGUCAAGAAGUCGUACAAUGAAUGGAGAUAUGUUUCCGUCUUUCAGUGACAUCGGUCCGUACACAACUUCUCAAAGUAGGCCACCACAGCAAUCUUUUGACGUGCUCGAGUCUACCACUCGUCGUCAAGAUCCUGCAAGCGCCCCCUUCUUCCAGCAUUUGUCGGAUUCUUUCGACUUCCGAAGCUUGAACUGGUUUGACGACCUUAUGGGUUUGGCUCCAUCAAAUUCAAUCUGA